AUGGGUGAUUCUAACUUUGCCAGUAACCAACGAAAGUUUGCCAUUCUCGGCAUAUCUUCAAUCCUCCUUGUGGCGAUGAUGGCUUCGGUGGCUGUUUCUUUAAACGAUGGAGGUGAAGGUAAAGGAGAAGAAGGGCCUCAUAUCGCUAGUACUGAAAGGAACAGUAUAGACAUGCUUUGUCGAUCAACAGAAUACACGGACACCUGCAAGAAAAGUCUUGUAAAUGCGUCUAACGGAGCCACAGACACAAAGUCUCUGGUGAAAGCUGCGAUCAAUGCCACAGCGGUGGAGCUUUUGAGUCACAUAAGGAACUCGUCCCUUUAUCGUGAUUUGGGGAAGGACAACAUGACAAGACAAGCCUUGGAGAUUUGUAAGGAAGUGUUUCAGUAUGCUGUUGCUGGUAUUCAUAAAUCUGCUGAGACAUUAGACAGGCUUGACUACAGCAAGUUGGGUGAAUUUGUUUAUGACAUGAAGGUUUGGAUCGCGGGGAGUCUUUCUCAUCAACAAACGUGCUUGGAUGGCUUUGAGAACACAACCACAGAGGCUGGCGCGAAAAUGGCAAAGGUUUUGAAUACCUCUAUGGAGCUUAGUAGCAAUGCGUUGGAUAUGAUCAAUGUGAUCUCUGGUGUACUCAAAGACCUUAACAUCAGUUCACUAUUUGGCAAUAGGAGACUUCUCUCUGAGGACACAACCCUUGUGGAUGGCUAUCCUUCGUGGGUGAGUGAGGGGAAACGACAUCUUCUUGAGGCUGGAAAGGAACAUCCCCAUGCAGUUGUGGCCCAAGAUGGAUCUGGCCAAUUUAGAACUCUCACUGAUGCUCUUAAGACCGUUCCCCCUAACAAUGCUAAACCUUUUGUCAUUCAUGUCAAAGCUGGUGUGUACAAGGAAUAUGUGGAUAUGUCCAUCUUAAUGACCCAUGUCACUGUUAUUGGAGAUGGUCCUCAUAAGACUAUAUUCAGUGGCCAUUUAAACUACGUUGAUGGUGUCCAAACUUACAAAACUGCUACCUUUGCGGUUAAUGCUCCAAACUUCAUGGCCAAGGGCAUUCGAUUUGAAAACACAGCAGGGUCUGAGAAACAUCAAGCAGUGGCACUUCGAGUAACAGCAGACCAAGCUGUGUUUCUCAAUUGCCACAUGGUCGGGAACCAAGACACCCUCUAUGUCCAAUCCCAACGCCAAUUCUACCGUGAUUGCACAGUCAGUGGUACCAUUGAUUUUGUGUUUGGAGAUGCCAUUGCAAUGUUCCAAAACUGCAAGCUAGUUGUGAGAAAACCCUUACCCAGCCAACAGUGCAUGGUAACAGCUGGUGGCAGAACCAAAGCUGACAGCCCCAGUGCCCUAGUGUUCCAAAAGUGCCACUUCACAGGAGAACCAGAAGUGUCUAAAUUGGAUCAAAAGGUAGCAUACCUUGGAAGGCCAUGGAGGGCAUUCUCUAAGGUGGUCAUCAUGGAGUCUGUAAUUGACGACAUCUUCUUGCCAGAAGGGUACAUGGCAUGGAUGGGAACUGAAUUCAUGGACACUUGUAUAUAUUACGAGUUCAACAACACUGGCCCUAAUGCUGACACAUCUAAGAGAGUUAAAUGGCCUGGCGUUAAGACCCUAACAGCAAAGAAAGCAAGUGAUUAUUAUCCUGGCAAAUUCUUUGAACUUGCUGCUUCAAAAGAAGGUGGUGAUUGGAUUGUUCAAUCCAAGCACAAGCGCCGGCGUAUCGACCCUCCGCCACCACCCGAGGUUGAAGAAGCGGCGGAGGAGAACCUUCGUAGAGAGCGGAAGAAACAAAACCUACUCAAGCUCAAAUCGAAGUACGAGAAAGGAAUUCUUCAUUGGGAAUCAAUGUCGAACACCAUGCAUGCACUGCAACAACGCCCCACUGUUCACUGUCGUCAACAACAACAACUAAACUGA